AUGGCAUCGGAAACAGCAUAUCGCUUUGAGCUUGCAAAAACGAGCCGUGCAGGCUGCCAAAACUCGGCAUGCAAGAAAGCCGGAAUCAAAAUUCAAAAGGGCGAAUUCAGGAUGGGGACCCUCGUGACCAUCCGUGAACAUACUACGUUCAUGUGGAAGCAUUGGGGGUGCGUCACGCCUGCUCAGAUCCAGAAGCUCCAAGACCAGGUCGGCCCGCUUGAGGACCUGGAUGAUCUCGACGCUGAUUUGGAUCGUAUCAUUGAUGGCUAUGACGAGAUUGACGAAGAAUCGCGUGAGAAGAUCAAAUACGCCCUGACUCAUGGCCAUGUUGCCGAUGAAGACUGGAAGGGUGAACCUGAAUUCAACCGUCCAGGAAUGAAAGGCAUCAACAAACGUACUCCGAAAAAGAAGGAACGUGAAGAUGACGAGGAAGUCGGGGCAGAGAACGAUCAAACCCCUUCCAAGCCUAAAGCGAAGGGAGGUAAGAAGACCAAGGUUGAAUCGGAGAAAGAAGACGACCUGCCAAAACCGCCAGCUGCCAAGAAGAAAGCCUCGAACCGCAAAGUUAAAGGUGAAGAUGAAGAGGUUCAGCGAGCUGAGUCGCCGCCACCAAAGAAAGCUGGAGGGAGGAAGCGUAAAGCCGCCGUGAAGGAAGAGGAUAGUGAGGAAGAAGCACCGCAGAAACCACCCAAGAAAUCGCGCGCCAAGAAGGCCAAAGCCCAAGACCUGGAGGAAAGUGUGGAACCAGCGAAGUCAGAGAAACGCCGAAAGAAAAAGGAGCCCCCUAAUGACUCCUAUGAAGCAAAGCAAGACGUUGAGCCUCCUGCCUCAAGUCGCCAAGUUGCCACCAAGCGCGACCGAACCAAGACUGGUCGUAAAGCAAAAGCUGCCAAGCCUGAAGAGCCUCCGGCCUCUGAGGAGGAUGCAGAUGACGCCCCUCUCAACGUCAAAGCUGGAUUCGAGGCGGUAGACGAGGCGGAAGAUGGGCCCUAUGCAGGAAACACCUCCGGAGAGGUCCCAGAAGGAUACAUAGGCGCUCUCCGUCAAGACGGUCUGAAUGCCCCAGCAACAGCAGGUUCCGACAUUGAUGAAGAUGACGGUAAAGUCCCAGCUCAAGCCGAGGACGAAGACGAAGAUUACGCAGAAGAAAGGAAGGCAAAGGCAAAGAAAGGCCGCAGAGGGAAGGCCGUGAAAACCAAGAAGAGUACUAAGGGGCGAGGGAAAUGA